AUGCUGGCAGCUUGUGUGGCUAUUCCCAUGGACGCCGCGGCAGGAAGUCACAGCCUCUUCACCUGUGAGCCGAUCACACUGCGGAUGUGCCAGGGUCUGCCCUACAACGCCACCUUCAUGCCCAACGUCCUCAACCACUAUGACCAACAGACCGCAGCGCUCGCCAUGGAGCCCUUCCACCCCAUGGUGAACCUGCAGUGCUCUCCUGACCUGCGCAUGUUCCUGUGCGCGCUCUAUGCCCCCGUGUGCACGGAGUACGGACGCAUGACGCUGCCGUGCCGCCGCAUCUGUCUGCAGGCCAAGAGCGACUGCUACAAGCUCAUGGAGAUGUUCGGAGUGGGCUGGCCCGAGGAAAUGGACUGUAGCAGGUUCCCGGAUUGCGACGAGCCCUACCCGCGGCCCUUCGACCUCCUCUCCAACGCAGACACCACGGAGUCCCCCAUCUCCGUCCAGCGCGACUACGGCUUCUGGUGCCCACGAGAGCUGAAGAUCGACCCCGAGCUGGGCUACUCCUUCCUGGGCGUGAAGGACUGCUCCGCCCCCUGCCCCAACAUGUACUUCACGCGCCAGGAGCUAACGUUCGCGCGCUACUUCAUCGGCGUGGUGUCCAUUGUGUGCCUUUCCGCGACCCUCUUCACCUUCCUCACGUUCCUCAUAGACGUGUCCCGGUUCCGUUACCCCGAGCGGCCGAUCAUCUUCUACGCCGUGUGCUACAUGAUGGUGUCGCUGGUGUUUUUCCUGGGCUUCCUGCUGGAGGACAAGGUGGCCUGUAACGCGGCGGUCCCGGGACGCUUCAGAGCCGCCACCAUCACUCAGGGAUCACACAAUAAGGCAUGCACUCUCCUCUUCAUGGUGCUGUACUUCUUCACGAUGGCGGGCAGCGUGUGGUGGGUCAUCCUCACCAUCACCUGGUUCCUGGCCGCGGUUCCCAAAUGGGGGAGCGAGGCCAUAGAGAAGAAGGCCCUGCUGUUCCACGCCUGCGCCUGGGGGCUGCCCGGUGUGCUCACGGUCUCUCUGCUCGCCAUGAACAAGAUCGAGGGCGACGGCGUGAGCGGCGUCUGCUUCGCGGGCCUCUACAACCUCACCACUCUGCGCUGGUUCCUCCUGGUGCCGCUCGGACUGGACGUAGUGGUGGGCGUGGCGCUGCUCCUCGCCGGCAUCGCUGCUCUGAACCGCGUGCGCAUGGAGAUCCCUCUGGAGAAGGAGAACCAGGAGAAGCUUGUGAAGUUCAUGAUCCGGAUCGGGGUCUUCUCCGUGCUGUACCUGGUGCCGCUGCUCACCGUGUUGGCCUGUUACAUCUACGAGAACAGCUACAGGGGCGUCUGGGAGACCACCUGGAUCCAGGAGAGGUGCAGAGACUACCACAUCCCCUGUCCCUACCAGGUGGAGCAGACGAGCCGCCCGGACCUGGCCCUGUUCCUCAUUAAAUACUUGAUGAUGUUGAUCGUGGGAAUCCCCUCAGUGUUCUGGGUCGGCAGCAAAAAGACCUGCUUCGAGUGGGCCAGCUUCUUCCACGGCAAGAGACGGAAAGAUGCCAUGGUGAACGAGAGCCGGCAGGUGCUGCAGGAGCCCGACUUCACGGCCCUGCUGCUCCGGGACCCCAACACCCCCAUCGUGCGCAAGUCCAGAGGCACCUCCACCCAGGGAACCUCCACACACGCCUCCUCCACUCACCUGGCCAUGGACGAUCCCCAUAGCAACAGCACGAGCCACGCUGGGUCCGUGCGCAGCGGCCGCUCCAAACUCAGCAGUUACCAUGGCAGCCUGCACCGCUCCCGGGACGGCAGGUACACCGCCAGCAGUUUCCGGGCGGCGGAGGAGCGGCAGCCGUACGGGAGUCUGCCGCGGCUCCACUGCAGCUCGCAGCGACUGGACGACCAGACGCGGCUCGGCUCCACCCUCAGACUGGAGAGCCAAUCCCGGCACAGCAGCGUGCGGGACCUGGCCAAUCACACGCAGGUGCUAAGCGUCCCAGGAAACGGAAUCCACAGGGUCAUGGAGGAGGACGGGACCACAGCUUGA